UGCAGAACUCUGGAGCAUGGGGGAAUAUGUGUAUGUGUAUACAUAAACACACAUGUAUGUAUGUAUGUACACACACAUAUGAGGAAUAGUAUGUCUAUAAUUUACCCAUACCAUAAAAAUAUUGCAAAAACACUAAGGGGAUCACUUAGGCAUUCACAUGAAAAUUAUUUAGUUUUUCCAUAUUGUUUGAUCCUGCGGUUUGAUUUCUUAGAAUCUAUCCAAUUACCUUAAACAAAUAAACUUGGACAUAUACAAAUAUGGAGAUAGUAAGAUGUUUGUUGAAGGACUGUUUGUACUUGUAGAAAUGAAAACAUGCCAGGCAGUGGUGGUGAACGCCUAUAAUCCCAGCACUAGGGAGGCAGAGGCAGGCGGAUCUCUGUGAGUUCAAGGCCAGCCUGGUCUACAAGAGCUAGUUCUAGGACAGGCUCCAAAGCUACAGAGAAACCCUGUCUCAAAGGGGGAAAAAAAAUAAAUGAAAAGAGUUUAUAUAUGUAACAAUUAAGGGUGGGUUACAUGAACUAUGAAAUUUGUCAACUAUAGUUCCUGACAGGGAGAUCUUAAAAAGUAUGUGGUUGUAGAAUAUAUAACCGCCUCAAAAGUAACCUGAUUUUUAUCAACUAGAAAACACAGAGAGCAGACUGGAUGUGGUGAUGAAUGCCUGUAAUCAGGACACUUGGGUGUUGGAGGCCAGGAGACAGCUGCAAGUUCAAGGACAGCCAUCCCACGUAGUGAGUUCUAAAGCUACUUUAGAUCAGAAACAAACAAUAAACCAAAGGACACAGGGCUAGGAUACAGCCAGGGCAGAUUGCUGACUUCCAUGGCCAAACUCCUGCCUUUCAUGUCCAAACUGCCAAAAAUACCAUGAAGGUGAUACAGUAGCAUGGAGUUCCUAUUUCUAAAGAAAUGACUGAACUAAGCCAGAGUAUUUGCUGCAGUUGUUCUCAACAGGGAAAUCAGGUGAAAAAUUCAUUUUCUUUCUAGCUCUGUAACAUAAACGUAUAUUUGUAAUUUGAAAAAAAAAACUAUUGCUCUCAUUUACAAAAAAAAAUUUUCACAGUUUUCCCCCCAGUUCUUUAAUGGUCUGAUUAAAAAAAAAUUCUCUGCAGAUUCAUCUUAAUUUAUUUAGCUUUGAUGGAUGCUUACCAAGGACAUAAAUGGCUUAAAAUGCUCAGCCCCUGCCUUACAUGGAAAUUCAGGGGCCUGUUAUCCCCAUCUGUCAGGUCACAGGAUCUAGAUGCAGAUAAGGGCAGCUGGCACAGUUUCGCUUACACAGGGGUGAAUACCAGAGCAAGAGCUGAGCUCUUCUUUUCUUCAGGACUGCAGCUUUCAGAGCCUGCCGAGGAGAAGAGGUGAAGCUCGGGAGCUCACCUUCCACCUUCAAGGGACCUUUUUUUAUACCAGGAGAAACUGCAUUUGCUGGCUGGAUUUCCAUUCUGAUGUGUUGUGAUCUGGAUAGAUAAGCCGCAGCAGGCUCCCCCUGAAGCCCGAGAGCAUGUAGGUGUGGGCUGCACGGAGUUGGACCCUGCCACGGGGAGGGCAUUAGAAAAGAAUGCGGUUUCCCCCUGCACAGAUUCUGUGGACUGGCUCCUCCCGUCCGGCAGCUGUUCGGAAAUGUCAGGUGGAUUUGUACGGCUGACUCAAGUUGCCGAAAAGGGAGUUGUGUAGUAGCUCCACAACUUAACUCUGCCCAGAAAACCUUGCUUAAUAUAGAUCCCACAUGAGCUAAGCCGUAGUUACUCCCAACAGCCCAACAAACACCAUUGAGGGAGAACCGAGCUCAAGGGUGGGUUGACCUGGGUUAUUUGUUGACUGGAAGAUACUGACACGUACUGAUUAUUAUUUUUUUUUAAUCAUCUUAGAUGAUUUCUUCUUUUCUGGUGAUCUAGAAACAAAUAGUGAAAGUAAAGAAUGUCAGAGCACAGCAGAAAUUCAGACCAAGAAGACGUCUUCAGUGAGGAGCUUAACGAGGACGAGCUCUUGGCCAACCUGUCCCCCGAAGAGCUGAAGGAGCUGCAGUCGGAGAUGGAAGUCAUGGCUCCUGACCCCCACCUUCCUGUGGGGAUGAUCCAAAAAGAUCAGACCAACAAAGCACCUACAGGAAACUUUGACCAUAAGUCUCUCGUCGAUUACAUGUAUUUGCAGAAGGCCUCUAGACGCAUGGUGGAAGAUGAACGCGUUCCUGUCAGUUUUGUGCAGUCUGAGGAAAGCACUCAAAACCAGCGUGAAGUAAGAGGCAUUAAAACCAUGCCCCAAUUUUUAAAAGAAAAGCUCAACAGUGAAAUAGUUGCAAAUAAAAGGGGAUCCAACGGGAGCAACAAUAUACAAGAAACAGAAGAUGAUGAAGAAGAUGAAGAGGAUGAAGAGGAUGGUGAGGAAGAUGAAGAGGAUGAGGAGGAAGAUGAAGAGGAUGAAGAUGAACAUGAAAAAGUCAAAAGAGAAAAAAACAAAGCACAGGAACAAAUCCAAAACAGUCCCAGCACCUGCCAGCAGCUGGCUAUGAAAACACUGGAAGAGCAAAAAGACAGAGCAGAGACCAAAGAAAAAACCGAGAAGAAAAUAGCCAAAUUAGACCCAAAGAAGUUAGCUCUAGACACCAGUUUUCUGAAGAUAAGUGCAAGACCUUCAGGGAACCAGACAGACCUGGACGGAAGCUUGAGACGAGUGAGACAGAACGACCCCGACAUGAAGGAGCUCAACCUGAACAACAUUGAGAAUAUCCCUAAGGAAAUGUUACUGGACUUUGUCAAUGCAAUGAAGAAGAACAAACACAUCAAAAGCUUUAGUUUGGCCAACGUCGGUGCAGACGAGAGUGUAGCAUUCGCCUUGGCCAACAUGCUGCGUGAAAACAGGAGCAUCACCACGCUUAAUAUCGAGUCCAACUUCAUCACAGGGAAGGGCAUCGUGGCCAUCAUGAGGUGCCUCCAGUUUAAUGAGACUCUAACCGAACUUCGUUUUCACAACCAGAGGCACAUGCUGGGCCACCACGCCGAAAUGGAAAUCUCAAGGCUUUUGAAGGCCAACAACACCCUGCUGAAGAUGGGCUACCAUUUCGAGCUUCCGGGUCCCAGGAUGGUGGUAACGAAUCUGCUUACCAGGAACCAGGAUAAACGGAGGCAGAAGAGACAAGAGGAGCAGCAACAGCAGCAACUUAGAGAGCAGAGAAAGCUGAUAGCUAUGCUGGAGAACGGGUUGGGGCUGCCCCCUGGGAUGUGGGAGAGGUUGGGGGGACCCAUGCCCGAUCCCAGAAUGCAGGAGUUCUUCCAGCCUUCAUCCGGACGACCUCUCACUGCUCAGGAAGUCGCCUUUGGUGGAAGAAACGAAAUGAUGAAGAAUCCACCCCAACCUCCGCAGAGCAAGACCGACCCUGACUCCUUUAAGGUGGUGAAGCUGAAGAGAAUUCAGCGCAAAUCUCGAAUGCCGCCAGAAGCCGGAGAGGCACAGGAGAAAACCAACCUCAAAGAUGUCAUCAAAACGCUCAAGCCGGUGCCGAGAAAUAGGCCACCCCCGCUGGUGGAAAUCACUCCCAGAGACCAGCUCUUGAAUGACAUCCGACACAGCAAUGUCGCUUACCUAAAACCGGUACAGCUGCCUAAGGAACUGGCGUAAGAAGCCGCAGUAUCAUCUAGAAGAACAAAAAUCUGAGCUGGAGGCUGUUUCACUAAACGUGCGAGGCAGAACUGGAAACGUGGUUCCAUCCAGGCUGGGGGUUUGUUUGGGUCCUGAUAAGACUCCAGGGGAAGGACGCAGAGUAUCUAUGUUCGCUGGCAACAUGCUCCAGUUCUCCGCGUUCGACCGAGUUGGGUGAAAAGUGCAGAGUGAUGCUCCUAGAGGCUGAAGUUAACAUUUUUGGUAAACUCUCACUUUACUGUUGCUUUCUUCUGGGAAAUCAUAAAUCUGACAGAAGUGCUGUAACUGUUGGUUAUACUCCCACUCCACCCUCCUCCUUCCAUCCUCUCUGUUGUCGUCCACUGCAUGGCAUCUUAAAGGGAAUAAACCAUGUUGCAAACUUCGCGAGUGUCAUGAGGGAAGUGAAUGCCUGGGCCUUCUGCAGCUUCGGAAUAAAGGACCCUUUGCUAGUUCUCCAGAGAGCCAGUGGAACCUCAGGUCUCACCGUACUGUUGCAUGUCUUGCUGCUCUAACCAAAUAUCCGACCAAAGCACCUCAAGGUUCAUGGUUUGAGGGGGUAGUCCAUCAU